AUUCCUCCAAGAUAAUAAUAUUUGGUUAAUAAUAGAUUAUUACUACGUUUUGAGAAUGGGAGGUUUAGGCUCACCAUGUGGAGGAUGCAAGUUCUUGCGUAGGAAAUGUGUAGAAGGUUGUGUAUUUGCACCAUACUUUUGCUACGAAGAAGGAUCUUCUAAUUUUUCAGCCAUUCACAAAGUGUUUGGAGCCAGCAACUUCUCUAAACUCAUUUCUCAUCUCCCUGAUCAUGACCGAUGUGACGCCGUACGAACCAUCUCUUACGAGGCUCACUCUCGUCUCCAUGAUCCUAUUUACGGCUGCGUCUCCCAAAUCUUUUCCCUCCAACAACAGGUUGUUAGUUUACAAGCUCAAGUGGUCCUACUUAGAGAAGAAGCUUCUAGAAGGUUCCCUCAAGAGGAUCCUGGUUGCAAUAUGAAGCAGCAAGAAAAAGUUAUUGCUCAGCAAAUGCCACAAGAUCUUCACAAUUGGUUUCACCAAGGAAUCUUGGACUCAGACCUCGACCUAAUGAGUGGUACCACACGCGACCAUGGGCGAUCUUUGGAUAGGAAUGAGUCUCUUUGUAGCUCAAAUGAAUCUCUUUACUAUCAAGAGGUCAAUUUUCCUUGGUCUGUUUGAGUACAAGUGAAUUCUUUGUCAGAAAUUGAGCCUUAAAUUCUUCAAGAAUUAUACUAUCCACGUUUCGAUAUUUUUCAUAGCAGAGAUCGAAUCAGGCAACCAUUUUCUCUUUGAGAAUAACCACUUCUUCGAUGA